AAUGUUGACGAAAUGAAUGCUCAGGGCGGCUCUUCCAGGGCUCUAGCCUUAGGGAGCCAAUUAUCACCCCAAGGAGCGUAUUCAUCACCUUCAAAUACAUCAACAUUUGAUACAUCAUCACAUCAACAACAGCAACAACUUCAACAACAUCAACACCAACAACAACAAUUUCAACAACAUAACGGUGGUUUUGGGGAAAAUUUUAAUAAUAGUAAUAAUAAUAAUAAUAAUUUUAAUGCAAAUUAUGGUGGAAAUUAUAAUAACAGUAAUAAUAAUAACAAUAAUGACAGUUUAACAAAUUUAAAAAAUUCAUUUGGGCCAAACUCUGAAUUUACAUCAAAUUUAAAUUGUGAUACAAGUAAUAAUAUAUUAGGAAUUAAUAAUAAUAAUAAUAAUAAUAACAGUAACAGUAAUAAUAAUAAUAAUAAUAGUAAUCCUUUAAAUACUGGUGGUAAUAAUAGUUAUCAUCAGUCAAGUGGUUUAAUGAAUGGAAACAUGGUAGCUGCUACCGGUACACAACAAACAAUGGAUGGAAUGAGUUUCAAUUCACAAAUGACCAAUAUGCAAAUGCAUAAUGGUGGUAAUGGUGGUAAUGGCAGUAUGACAGGUCAUCAUCCACAUCAAUAUAUGAAUGGUAUGAACGGUAUGGGAUCAAAUAGUAUGAACGCAAAUACAGGAAUGACUGGUAUGAAUGGUAUGAACGGUAUGAAUAGUAUGACACCAAAUGGUAUGGGACCUAUGCCAAAUAUGAAUGGUAUGCAAAGUGGUGGUGGUAUGGGUGGUAUGAAUACAAAUCAAAUGAUGGCUGCAAAUAAUGGAAAUGGAAUGCAAAUGAAUUCAAUGGGACAUAUGAAUAAUAUGAAUUAUAAUAUGGCAAGACAUCAUAAUAUGUCUCCAAUGAAUCAAAUGCAAAAUAUGACCAUGAGUAUGGGACCAAUGGGCCCAAAUCCAAAUGCAAUGGGUGGUAUGGGUCAACAUCAUCCAUCAAUGACUGCACAUCAUCAUCAUCAACAGCAAAUGAAUGCAAUGAAUCCUAUGGCUAAAAUGCAAGGUAUGGCAAAUGGUGUUUAUCCACAACAGAGGCGAAUAGCACCAUAUCCAAAUCCCCAAAUGCAUGCAGCACAAAAACGACAUGCAUCAAGUGCUGCUGCAGCAGCAGCAGCAGCUGCUGCUAAUAUGCAUCAAAAUAUGGCAAAUUAUCAAAAUCCAAAUGUUCCUCCACAUGCAGUAUCGCAACAACAUCCCGGGCAAAUGCAAUUUUCCCAUCAUCAGUCAGCAAAUGGUGUACCAGUUCCUAUGCAACCAUCUGGUUAUGGUCGAUCAAUGCCAAUGAAUCCAUAUGCCGGUAGUAGAGCCGGUGCAAUGGGUGCAACUGGAAUAGCCGGUAAUAUGGGAGGUAAUGGUGGUAUGAUUGGUCCACAACAAAGACAAACAACACCACCAUAUACAAAUCCAAUGCAACAUCAACAAUUUUAUCCUGGUGGCAAUGGUAAUCCUUCUGGCAAUAAUGGAAUGGGAAAUAGUUAUUCCAGUGCUCAAGGUUUCCAACAAGAAGUUCGAAUGAAUAUGAACACUUAUCAACAUAGUCCAGUUCCAGGAAAUCCAACACCACCAUUAACACCUGCUUGUUCAAUUCCAUAUGUUAGUCCUAAUCCAGAUAUCAAACCACAAAUUGAUCAUAAAGAUGAAGAAAUGCGAUUAACGUUUCCAGUACGUGAUGGCAUUAUAUUAGCACCUUUCCGAUUAUUACAUAAUCUAUCUGUUAGCAAUCAUGUAUUUAAUUUGAAACAAACCGUUUAUAAUACAUUAAUGAGCAGAAGCGAUCUGGAAUUGCAAUUAAAAUGCUUCCAUCAAGAAGAUCGACAAAUGAACACUAACUGGCCACAUACUGUAACGGUUUCAGCAAAUGCUACACCUUUAGUUAUUGAACGAUCAGAAAAAACUGGUCAAGCACUGCGGCCUCUCUACUUAAAACAAGUUUGUCAGCCUGGACGCAAUACACUGCAAUUAACGGCCAGUUCUUGCUGUUGUUCACAUUUAUUCGUCCUUCAAUUAGUACAUCGUCCAUCAGUAAGGCAAGUUUUACACAGUUUGCAUAGACGAAAUCUUUUGCCGGUUGAGCACAGUGUUGCCAAAAUCAAAAGAUACUUUGCUAUGGGUAUGGCUGGACAAGGUUCACCUUCAGCUGAUGGUUCAUCCGUUAACAAUGCAGAAUUUAUUAAAAUAUCGCUUAAAUGUCCAAUUACAAAGAAUCGAAUACGAUUCCCAGCUCGUGGACAUGAAUGCAAACACAUUCAAUGCUUUGACUUGGAAAGUUAUUUGUUAUUGAAUUGUGAACGAGGUAGUUGGAGAUGCCCAGAAUGCAAUAAUCCGGCUCUAACUGAAGGCCUAGAAAUCGAUCAAUAUAUGUGGGCAAUUUUAAAUACGCUGAGUCAAUGUUUAGAUGUCGAUGAAGUAACAAUAGACCAAUUUGCAAAUUGGCAGAAAAUUAUGAAAAAUGUUCCUGGACAAAUGCAUCAACAACCACAACCACAACAACACUUGCAGCCCGGUGCAAAUAUGCAAGGUAACGGAAAUGGUAACAAUGAUGGAAGUGGCAACGUCAACAAUAGUAACGUUCCACAAAUCAAACAAGAAACUCCUGAUGUUGAUGAUUUAAAAAAUCUAGCAAAAGUUAUGUCACCUGGAUCAACAGCUUUGCCAACAUGGGAUAAUUCUCAGGCAAUGAGCCCAUAUAUGUGUCAUGACAUGAAUUCAAUUGCAAGUGGAAAUAUGAUGGGAAGUUGCAACAGCUCUCGAAACUCAUAUGAUUCAUUUGGAAAUAGUAAUCAAAAUGACAACAAUACUGUACCAGAUCCUCUCUCACAUUUAAGUGAUUCCGUUAAUUCUUUGGAUCCAUUAAAUGCUAUGGAAAAAUCACUUAACGAUCAGAUGCCUCAUACACCUCACACACCACAUACGCCUGGUGGUAAUUCUAGUCAUCCUUUAACUCCAGGUGGACCACCAAGUGUUAGUUCAGCGCACAAUGAAAAUAUUGGAAGUUCAAAUACCAAUAGUGUAAACAAUAGUAAUAAUAAUAAAAAUAAUAAUGGCAACAAUAACAGCCAAAGUAAUAAUAGUUGCCAUAAUUCACCUCAACAACAUCAAAAUCAUCCAUCUCCUCAAAAUAGUAAUAAUAGCAAUGGUAGUAGUAAUCAGCAACAACAAAAUCAAGCACAAUGUACAUCUACGCCAAAUAAAAAUAGUAGUAACAAUAAUAAUAGUAAUAAUAUUAGUAAUAAUAACAGUAAUAAUAACAGUAAUAGUAAUAGUAAUAAUAAUAUUAAUAAUAGUAAUAAUGAUAGUAAUUGUAAUAAUAAUGAUAAUGAUAACUGUAGUAAUAAUAAUAAUGAAAAUAAUAGUAAUAAUUCAAAUAAUUGUAAUAGUAAUAGUGAUAAUAGUAAUAUUGAUAAUAGUAUUAAUACACAACAUCAACAACAUCAAAUAAUAAAUUCAUUAAUUCAAUCACAAAAUGAUAAUUUAAUUAAUUUAAAUGAUACUGAUUUAAAUGCUGAUCUUAAUUUUGAUCCAUCAGCUGUUAUUGAUAGUGAUGCAACACAUGAUUUAAAUUUAUUAUCAGAUAGUGUUGUCGAUCCAAUGGAAAUAUUAAAUUAUUUAGAUCCACAACCUGAUCUAAAUACACCACCAUCAAGUGGAUCAAGUAAUAAUCCAAAUCAAGAGGAUAUAUUAGCAUCAUUAUUCGAUUGAGGAAAAAUUCCAGGUGGCAAUAGAUUAGGUUGCAAUAGCAAUGUAUAAAAGGUAUAUUUAAAGAAACAACAUGGAAGGAGAAUUGUUUCACCUAAAAUACAUAAUGCAAUGAAAUAUAAAGAAAUUUUGCAAUCUAUAAUGUCACCUUUUAUUUAAAUAAUAUAUACACAAUAACAUAAACACAAAACAAAUAUAAUUCAAACUUAAAACCUUGCAUAAUAAUGGAUUUUAUUUAUGAAACGGAAUAUUCAUAUAUAAGAAAAUAUAUAAAAAAAAAACGAAAAUCUCUUAUUUUAAAAUUAAAAUACAUUUUUUUUUUUUUUAAUAAAAAUCCAUUUAAAAUUAAAAAUAAAUUUAAUUUCUAUUCACUAUGUAGAAUUGAAAA